AUGUCGAGGCCCAACGGCUUCAGCACCUUGCACGAGUACGAGCACCAUAUCUCCAUCCACGAGGCAUUCGAAACCGUGCCGCCUCUUCCGCCAUGGGCCAAAGUUCUUGAGGUGAACAUCCUACCCGAGUUCUUCGAGCGCUUCCCAACCUGGUUGACCAAAGGACGUAGGGGGCUGUCCUGGCCCGGGAAAGAACCGGAGACAGAUGAGGAGAUUUUCGACUACAACCUGAACUACAAUGGGUGA